AUGGCAGCAAGACGAGAGCCAAAGUACCGAACCUCUUGCGAUAAUUGUCAAGCGGCCAAAGUAAAAUGUGGACAGGGAAAGCCGUGCCGCAGAUGUUCCUUACACAUACUCCAGUGUGUCUACAGUCCUUCUCGGCGCAUGGGCCGUCCCAGGUCAAAGAAGAAUGGCGUCAUCCCAGACUCCUCCUCUCUGAGGCAGUCCAGUCCUAAACCCUCCGGCAACAACAUAACGGGCAGCACCAGGUCCCGACCGCCCACCCCAGCGGCAGCUGCACCUGCUGGGUGUACCGUCUUGGACACUACGACAACGGUGGUGGGAGCAGAGGCAGAAGCAGCGGCCAGACCCGGAUCUUCGCACUCGGAACGUUGGGACGAUGGCGGUUCAUACCAAGUACCAGACGAGCUCGAUCACACCUGGAGCCCUCUCAUGCACGGCCACGAAUUCGAGCCGGCUCCAAACAUGAAUUCGGCGGUCGGGACAGAAAGUCAUUCCAGGCGCAAGUCCGUGACGGUGACGGAACCCAUGGACGUGGACGGCGUGUCUCGCUGCUUCGAGCUGGACCUGCCUUCCUUCUUGCAAACCAUGUCGGGCUCAACGACCUCCCAGCCCCCGUCCAUCUCGGCGCCCGCCUACGAGAACCUGUUUGGAUCUCCACUAGACCUCCUCCUCCAAAUGCCUCAACCGGUCGUUGCAGACCAUGAAAAGGACGCUCCGUCGUUCCCGGCCGAACCAUCCCCAUCGCCGCGACGAACAGAACAACAGCAAUAUCCCGGCCUCAUCUCAGAUAGUAAUAUAAUCUUUGCUCAAGCAACAGCGGCGGCAUCUCCCCGACAAUGCACCGCGCGAGCAUGUACUCCAAUGGACCAGAACCUGGACGAUUCGUUGUUUGAUUGGGUCCCUGAUCUGGCAGAUGCAUGUGGCGACCGGACACUGUCCCGAAACACAUCGAGAAUGAGAGGAAGCGACCACUGCGGCUGCGUCUCGGCCGUGUCACGAUGCAUCGUGUCACUGCGGGCCGCUGAGCAGCAGCAGCAGCAGCAGCAGCAGCACGCGCUGCUCAUGGAGAGCGAAGUCGCGGCGUCCCUGGCCCGGCUCGACCGGUGCCGAGCCUGCCGCUGCGAGAGCACCAUGCAGCUGCUCGCGCUGGUCGGCGUGCGCAUGAUGCUGAGCCUGCUGCAGAGGUCGGUGCGGGACGAGUUUGCGUCGCCUCGGGGGCACUCUGGACAUGGGCGGGAACCUACGGUCGACGGGAUGCUUUGGAUUGGCAAGUACAGAGUCACGCCACGAGCGCGGCUGAGGUUUCUGCGGCGGCUGUUACAGGCACGGUGUUAUAGACUAGCGGUGCUCGUUGAGGGACGAGAAAGGUUGGUGGAUGAUGAUAGCCUUUCGCGCGACUGUUUUUCGGGGGCGUCAUCGCUGCUGCUGGCGGAUAUUUCGCAGGGAUACUACUAUGCCGUCGGGCCCAUCGCUGUUCUCAUCAUUGAUCCGUCUCACUGUAACACGACCAAGAUUGCGUUCAUUCCCGCCAUAAUGUCACCAUCCGUGGACGUCUUAGCUUGGUACCUUCCCCUUGGCCAGGGGACUGUAAAUCUGUUCAAUGCCGGAAGCCUCGUUUUUGCCGUCAUCUUCGUUAUCUUUUCACUCGACUAUGCCAACUAUGUCAGACAGAGAGCGAAGCUCGGCAACACACCAGUUGUUGGAGAUGACCCCUACCUCUUGAGGCGUUUGGGUUGGACCGAGAAUCGCGUGAACCUAGGGAGAGUUCUGCAACGCGGAUAUGAUACGUUCAGCAGAAAAGCCAAGCCGUGGGCGUUCUGGGGCCAGCACGAUGACUUAAUCGUCGUCAUGCCACCCGGAACCGGCGAAGAGAUCAAAAAUGCCGACAUGACCAAGCUGAACUUUUUGAAGGCCGCCGAGGAUAAUUACCACUUCCGAUUGCACAGCAUGACAAAUGGCCGCGACCACGUCGAUGCUAUCAGGCUGUCUUCCAGCAAGAAUAUGAACCAACUUCACCAGGCGCUUGUGAGACAGAGCGAUGAAUCCAUCUCCUUGGUUCUCGAUGGGUAUGCCAAAACUCGCGAGCCCUUUGCCGCCUUCCUGACGAUCUGGCAUCUCGUCAACAUUGUCGCCGCAUCGUAUAUCGGGCCAGACUUUCCCAAAGACGCCGAGUUUAUCAAGGCGAUCGAGUCGUAUGGUAUCGACAUGACAAACUUUGUCUUCAUGUACUUCCGUGUUCCCACUCCCCUUCGAAAAGUAUUUUGGUACCUCUCGCCACAGGGGUUCCGAGUCCGCACACUCGCCAGGAAGCUGACCCGGUUCAUUGGCGACGAGGUUCGGAGGGCCAUCGACACAUGGCGUAAGACGGGCCGCGCACCGGAUCAGUACACUAUGUUGGGUGCCUUGCUGGAUGUGAAGCGGGCCAGCGGGCAGCUUAAGCAGGAUGCUAAGGCAAUGGACCAAGCCGACGAGGAGCGCCAGAUUCGGAUUUUCUCGGACGAACUCAGGCUCACUGCGUUUGAAGCUGCCGGCCCACCUGCUUGUGUUCUCACGCAGAUGCUCUUUGAAUCCAUCGAGCACCCGGAUAUUGUCAAGCCGCUUCGCGACGAAAUCGCGUCUGCUCUCGCUGCACAUGGCGGCGAGUGGUCACAUGAGAUGUUCAACUCGCUCCCGCGGCUCGAGAGCUUCACGCGGGAAACCCUGCGCGCCGACGGUCCUACCUUGUUCAGCCUCACACGCUCCGUCCUACAGCCAACGCGGCUCAAAUCCGGCCUGACCCUCACUCCCGGCACCAUGAUCACAGGCGCGGCAUGGUUCAUCCAGAUGGACGAGGCGCACUACCCGCGGGCGCACGAGUUCGACCCGUGGCGGUUCUACGACGAAAAGACCAACACGGCUACCACCAAGUCGACGACGGCAACCAACACGUUCCUUGCCUUUGGCCACGGCUCGCAGUCCUGUCCGGGCCGCUUCCUCGGCGUCCGGCUCACGCAGAUCGUGUUUGCCAAGAUGCUGAUGCGGUACGAGUUCGGGUGGGAGGACGGGCAGAAGGGCAGGCCGGAAAAUGUGGUCCUGCCGGGCCAGCUGCUGCCACAGUAUACGGCGACGAUGGUGCUCAGGGAGAGGGAGGGGGUGUGAGUCAUCCAUGAUGCAGUACGGGUGGCAAAGGAUGGGCCGGGAUCAUGGACUUCUUCCGCGUUUGCCAUGGAAUUCAGGGGGGACGUACCUUGUGAAGCUAAGUACCUACAGGUACCUACCUUACUUACUGUAGUGUAGAUACCCGCUUGUUCAGGGGGGGUCGGGGUGGAGGCAAGCCAAGUGUAAAAAGCGGAAGUGUCAUGUCGUUUGCGUACUGUGUAUGAGCGGUUUGAUGAUCGAGCCUAU